AUUCAGAUUACAUGCGCAAACAAGAAAGGAAAAAAGGAAGAGCCAGAGUCUAGACGUGUCUUUUUUCAGGCAUUCCUAAAGUUAGUGUUAGAUUUGUGAGUAUCCCAACAGCUGGUGUACACACUUGAGACAAAGGCCAUUCAUAAAGAUGGACCCUAGGGAUGAAGGGCAGGAGAGUUUUCAAGAAGGGGCCUACAUGAUAUCAGAAGUGGAUAUCAAAAGACAGAAGCAAGAACGUCAUUAUACCAUGCUGAGUCAGCUACAGGACAUGGCUCGGCAGAUUCCUAUGAAUUUUCAGCAGCGGCUACCCUACACAACCAUAUCUAACCUAGCUUUAUCUCUGCUGGAUGGAACUGUCUUUGAGAUUGUCCAACAUCUCUCUGAGAUACAACAGAUGAUGGAGAGAAAACUAAUGGAACAGAGAGCAAGACUCCAUAGUAGUCACAAAUCCCAGAAGAACCAGAUGCAGAAGAAACACCAGGUAGCCAUUCAGGAUUGUCAGAGCAGACCUCAUAAUAUUCCACGUAUCAAGGCCACCAAUGAGAAAGAAAAAGAGGCACUGGAUAAGAAAAUAUCUGAAGAAGCAAAGAGAAUGGAUGAGAGAAUAUUGAUAGAGCUGGACACCUGUGCUGCAGAACAACAGACAACACUGGAGAAAGCUGGAGUUCCUGGUUUCAGACGAACUCAUGAUUCUACAGAAUGUAAACUACAGAUGUACAUUCUAGAAUUUAUUACCAAGCUUCACAGGAUGGAAAUGGCAGAGACUGGCAGCUAGCAUGAUAUGAAAUAAUUUGAUUAAGUGUUUGCCUUUGAAACCAACUCCGAUGGACAAGCUGUUGCAGUUUGUGGUUUAGGAUGAUUCAGUGAUUCUUAAAAGAGUGUAGACUGCAGUUGUACAUCAUGGAAUUUAUUGACAAGAGACACUGAAUGAAGAUGAUAAAGACUGCAAGACAGCAUGAUCUUGAAUGAUUUGUUGAUAUUAUUUGUAACAAACUUUCCUGGAUCGAGCAUGAUUUUCUGUUCUCAGAUGAACCCAUGCUUCUGCAGAGUGACAAAUUCAGAAGUACAUUUUGGAAUUUAUCACCCAGCUGCACAGGAUGUAGAUGGCAGAGACUGGCAGUUUGCAUGAAGUGCUUGCCUUUGCAACCAACUCUGAUGGACAAAGCUGUUGCAGUUCUUGGUUCAGGAUGAACGCGUCAUUCUACAGAGUGUGUGUAGACUGCAUAUAGAGUUCAGCACCAAGCUGCUCUGAGUGGAGAUGGUAAAGAUUCUCUGCUACAAUCAUCUUCAAUAAAAGCGAUAAUUUUUGAAGUAUAGUUAUACCUGUUUUUCCUUGUUUGAAGCAACUCAGAUUGUGUCUUUGAAUAGGCAAAUAAUUAAACAAAAGGAGUGCAAUAUUCUUCUGAAAACAAGAUACAGAUACCAUCAAGGAAUGAUGGCUUAUUGGUAGAGUGCCCACCUCGAGAAAAGGAGGUCCUGGGUUUGAUCCCAGUGGAGCCAUACCAACAAAUUUUAAAAAUGAGGCGUUCUGCCUUCUAGUUUAGCCAUCAUUAAGUUGAGAGAAGGUUAAUAAUAGCAUUGUGUUAGUAUGCAGGGGCCAAUGGAAGAACAGUUUUGAAGCUGAUGUUGCUACUACGGUAAAUAAAUCAUUUAUGUUGAAUCAUGUUACAUUAGCACUGGAAUAUGAAUAAAAUGUGAAAAAUGAAAA